CUCGAGCUCGCCUUCUAUAUAAGCAUAUGAGCAACCGUCAGCCGUCCGAACCUCGCAGCGUCCCCCGCGCGCCGCCAUAGUCAACGCCAGCGCCAACGCCCGACCAGCCAUGAAGAGCUUCCGGAGCGCUAACCCGCGGCGCACAUUCGCGCUCCUAGCGACAAUUGUCGUUGUCGUUGUCGUCGUCGCGGUGGUUACUCCCACGGCUAUAUUACUGCCGAGGCGGUAUCGCGAGGGGGCUGUUGACAAGGCCAGACGAACCCCCUCGCACCCCGCGGUCGCCCGCGUGAACUUGGGAUACGCCCAGUACCAGGGCUCGCUGGUGGGCUCCGGCGGCGGCGUCGCCCAGUACCUGGGCAUGCGGUACGCGGCGCCGCCGACGGGGGACCGCAGGUGGCGGGCGCCGAUCGAGCCGGCGGUGGACGAUUCGGGGGACCAGGCGGCUGACGCGUUUGGCCCUAUCUGUCUGGGCAUCUCGGUGCCGUAUCCCAACGGCGGAGCGCAGGACGAGGAUUGUCUGUACGUCAACGUGUGGGCGCCGGCGAACGCUACGCUUGAAUCGAAACUGCCUGUGUGGCUGUUCAUCCAGGGCGGAGGCUACACGACCAACAGCAACGCGAACUGGAACGGCACGGCCGUGGUCGAGCGCUCGGGGCGGAACAUCGUGCUCGUGAACUUCAACUACCGCGUGGGGCUAUGGGGGUUCCUGGCGAGCGAACGCGUGCGCGCCGACGACAACGGCCAGGCGCAGGGGGAUCUUAACGUCGGGCUCCGCGACCAGCGCGAGGCGAUGCGCUGGGUGAGGCGGCACAUCGCCCAGUUCGGAGGGGACCCCGAGCACGUCGUGAUCCACGGGGCGUCGGCGGGCGCGGGGUCUGUAGCGCUGCAUUUGUUGAUCUCGUAUGCGGAGGGGGAGAGGGGGGAGAGCGAGAGCGAGGACGGGACAAGUGAUGGUGAUAGUGGCAGUAGCAGUGGCAGUAAUAAGGAGAACCUGUUCGUCGGCGCGAUGGGCGAAUCCCCCUUCUUCCCCGCGCAACCGACCGUCGCGGACCUAGAAUGGCAAUUCGACCUGGUGCUCUCGCAGACGGGAUGCAGCGACUCAUCCUCCUCCUCCUCCUCGCAAGACGCCAUGUCCUGCCUCCGGAGCAAAGACACCGCCCUCCUCCAACAAGCCGCCAACACCCCCUCCCCAUUCCCAGGCCGCCCCGGCCCCCCCACCGCUCCCCUCCCCCUGUUCUUCUGGACGCCCUGCACCGACGGCCUCCUCCUGCCGGACUCCCCCUCCACGCUCUUCUCCCAGGGCCUCUUCGCCGACGUCCCCGUCCUCAUGGGCACCACCUCCGACGAGGGAACCGUCUUCGCCCCCGCGGACAUCGCCUCCGCGGACGCCAUGGCCGUCUUCCUGCGCAGCAACUACCCGCGCCUGACGGACGCGCAGGCCGCCGACGGCAACUUCUCCGCCGCGUACCCGCCGGAGCCCCCCCUGCCCUUGCACGAGGCCUGGUUCCCGUCGGCGGCCGCGGCCUACGGCGAAGCCACGUUCGUGUGCCCGACGAACUCGUUCCUGUCGUCGCACACCCGGCAGCGCCGGGGAAACUACUCGAAGCGGGCGUGGAGCUACCGGUACGACGUGUACGACGCGCAGAACGCGGCGCGCGGCCUCGGGGUCCCGCACAUAUGGGAGGCGUGGGCGGUGUUCGGGCCGGACAGCCAGCAAGGGGGCGCCGGGGCGGGGCCCGCGAGCUACUACCACGAGGCGGCGGGCGUGGUGCCGCUCGUCAUGGACUACUGGAUCUCGUUCGUCCAAACCCUGGACCCGUCGGCGCUGCGGACGCCGGGGGCUCCCGUCUGGGAGCCGUGGGACGAUGCGGAGGACGAGGAGGACGAGGAGGAAAAGGGGGCCGGUAAUAAUGGUGCUGGAAGGCGGUUGCUCAUGCAGGUGGGCAAUUUCUCCAUGGAGACGGUGCCGGGCGAUCAGCGGGAGAGGUGUGAUUUCUGGGCAGGGCUUGCGCCUGCUCUACAACACAAGAGAGUGCAAUAAAACUUUGGACACUGCCUUUUUGGAGUUUAUGCUCCUGUUAUGAUAACGUUUUACUCGGUCAAGCAUGAAGGUUCCAGUGAUUUAGCGAUAUUAUGGAUAAUUUUUUGAAAUAGUACAUAACAGGUACCUACGAACAAUGAUAUAUUCG